AGGCGAUGGAGCAGUGUCGGAGGUAUGAAGCUUUGGCGACACAAUGCAGGGCUGUAUCAGGUCCUGUAGACCUGUCACACCUCUCCCGAGCCCUCCCUGCCCCUCCCACUCGGGGGCCCAUCAUAAAAAGGGUGUUCGUGCCUCCACAGCCACCUCCACCAACAGAUGGCGCAGAAGGAGACGGACCGGACAACGAAAAUAUCCCUCCACCAUUGAGAGACGAGCUGGUUGUUGAUCGAUUAUCCGCUCUACAUUUGAAACCAUCCCACGAUGCUCUUAAGCAUGAAUCUCAAGAACUGGAAACUCAGGUGCGACAAAUCAGGGACGCUCUAGACACGCUAGUGCGGGUUCAGCAGCGCAGCGUUGAGGCAGCCCUGUACAACAAGGCCAACGAACUGCAGGAGGAUAUUUCCAUGAAGCGAUUUGACCUCACUGUUGCUCAGCUGCAUCUCAGCGCUAUAAAUGCUCAGGUAAGUACAAUUGCUUUUAUUGAAAAUGUCUCCCCUUUCUAG